AUGGGCACCGACGACCCGGCCAACGUCCACAAGCGCCUCACGGCCGCCAAGCGCUACCUCGCCACCCAGACCCACCCCGUCAUCAUCCCCUCGUACGCCACCUGGUUCAGCCUCGCGACCCUGCACCCGAUCGAGCGCCGGUCCCUCCCCGAGUUCUUCAACUCGAAGAACCGCUCAAAGACGCCCACCGUCUACAAGGACUACCGCGACUUUAUGAUCCACACCUACCGCCUCAACCCGAGCGAGUACCUCACCGUGACGGCCUGUCGCCGCAACCUCGCCGGCGACGUGUGCGCCAUCAUGCGCGUCCACGCCUUCCUCGAGCAGUGGGGCCUCAUCAACUACCAGAUCGACGCCGACACUCGCCCUUCCGCCCUCGGCCCUCCCUUCACCGGCCACUUCCGCGUCCUCGUCGACUCGCCUCGUGGCCUCGCGCCGCUCCACCCGGGCACCAAGCCCUCGUCGACCACCCUCCGCACCGACCUCCUCAAGACGGACCCGUCCCGUCCCGCCGCACCCGACGCGCGCCUGUCGUCCGCCACGGCGCAGCAGCUCGCCGCCGAGGCCGACGCGAGCCAGACGGCGCGCGACGCCGCGCAGGACCCGUCGCGCGCCCUCAAGCCGUGCCACACGUGCGGCACGACGACGCCGACGGUGCGCUACACGUCGCUCAAGCCCGCCGAGCCCAUCUCGGUGUGCGGCGCGUGCUACACCGAGGGCCGGUUCCCGUCGACGCUGCACGCGGGCGACUUUGUCCGGCUCGACGCCGACCCGUUCUCGCACGCCGAGACGGACCCGUGGACCGACCAGGAGCUCCUCCUCCUCCUCGAGGGCAUCGAGAUGCACGACGACCAGUGGGACCGCAUCGCCGACCACGUCGGGACGAGGACCAAGGAGCAAUGCAUCGCCCACUUCCUCAAGCUCCCGAUCGAGGACGGCUUCAUCGCCGAGGCGGCGCCGGCGGGCCUCCUCAGCGGCGCGCACAAGGUGCCGCUCAGCAAGGCCGACAACCCGGUCAUGAGCGUCGUCGCGUUCCUCGCCGGCGCCGUCGACCGCGAGACGGCGGCAAAGGCGGCGGGCGAGGCGGUCGAGGAGCUCGACCGCGGGCUCAAGCGGCGGGCAGAGCUCGCCAAGGAGGCCAAGAAGGAGGACACGGACGGCGCGGCGGUCGACGACGGCGACGCCAAGAUGGACGGUGUCGAGGCCAACGGCGCCGGCGACGAGGUCAAGACGAACGGCGACGCGCCCGCUGUCGGCGCCGACGCCGUCGAGGACCCGCUCGCCGACUCGUCGCGGUCGUCGCCGUCGGCCAACAUGCGCCGCGCCGCGCUCACGGCCCUCGGGUCGGCCUCUGCGCGUGCGCACGCGCUCGCGCUCCAGGAGGACGCGUCGCUGCACUCGCUCGUGACGGCCGUCGUCGAGGCCCAAGUGCGCAAGCUCGACCUCAAGCUCGCCCACUUUGACGAGCUCGAGCGCCUCGUCGAGCACGAGCGUCGCGCGCUCGAGGUCCAGAAGCAGCAGCUGUACGAGGACCGCCUGCGCGUCAACCGCAUGCUCGCCGACGCGGCGGGCCUCGUGCACAAGGCCAAGUCGGCGCCGCAGCAGGUGACGCAGCAGGAGGUGGCGCAGCUCGCGGCCCAGGUCGGUGCGGCGCAGCCUCAGGUGACGCAGGUCGCGAACCCGGGGCCGGCGCCGAGCGUCCAGGCGGGCGACGCGGCGCAGCUCGCGUGA